AUGGCACAGUCACCAGCCACGCAACCCUCAAACGAGCCUGUUUAUAUCACUUACACCUCUGGCUCCACUGGCCAUCCCAAAGGCGUCAUGAUUGCUCAGCAUGCAGUGACAACAGGCCAUCAAGUCCAUGCAAUGCGCAUGCGAAUCAAUAGCUCGUCACGGGUCCUGGUUCUUGCCGCACCAGCUUUCGAUAUGGCUAUCGAGAACAUGUUCAUGACCCUCUUCCAGGGGGCAUGUAUGUGUGUUCCAUCUGACACUCAGAAAUAUAGCAUCGACGACUUAUUGGACUUUGCCAAGACGAGUCGCGCAAAUUGGAUGAGUUGCACCCCAUCGUACCUGUGCCUUUUUCGUUCGGAAGCUCUCUAUAUGAUGGACGCCGUGCUUCUUGGGGGUGAGCCCAUACCAAGAUCCAUCGUCGAGUCGUACACCAAGUGCUCAUCGCAAGGAGCUCGCAUCCCGACCCUCAUGAAUGGCUUCGGACCUAGCGAGUGCGCUUUGGGUUGCUGCAUUCUGAACGAGGCUAUAUCACCACAAAUUUCGGACCAAUGCAUCGGUGAAGGCUUCCGAGCCACAACCUGGAUUGUCAAUAAGGACGAUGUCGAGAGCCUUUUACCUAUCGGGUCUACCGGGGAGCUUCUUUGA